UUAUAAACAGUUAACCUCUGAGGAAUUAUAAACAAAAGUUUUGAAAAUAUUUUGGUGAUGAGCUUCAGCCCAAUAUUAAAUAUAGUUCGAAGAUUUUACAAUACCACAAAAAUGGCAAAGAGUAAAUUUGAAUAUGUGAAACAAUUUGAAAUUGAAGAUAAACUUUUACCAAAUUGUUGGAUUGUCGUGCGUGUUGAUGGAAAAGGGUUUCAUAAAUUUUCGGAGAAACAUAAGUUUGAAAAACCGAACGAUAUAAGAUCUUUGGACUUAAUGAAUAAGGCUGCAUCAAAAGUUAUGGAGCAAUAUAAGGACAUUGUCAUAUCGUAUGGUGAAAGUGAUGAAUACUCAUUCAUUUUGAAAAAAAGUACUGAUAUUUUUAAUAGGAGAGGAUCUAAAAUAAUGACUUAUAUCAAUAGUUUAUUCACGUCUUCAUAUGUCUACUAUUGGAACACAUAUUUCCAAGAUUUAAGAAUGAAGUAUCCACCUUGUUUUGAUGCCAGAGUUGUCCUUUACCCCACAGAUGAAAAUUUGAGAGAUUAUCUAUCCUGGAGACAAGCUGAUUGUCAUAUCAAUAACUUGUAUAAUACUACAUUUUGGGCUCUUAUUUUGAAGGGCGGUUGUACAAAUACAGAGGCUGAAAAACGAUUAUGUGGAACUUUUUCAUCUGAUAAAAAUGAAAUUCUUUUUAGUGAAUUUGGUACUAACUAUAAUAAUGAAUUGGACAUUUUCAAAAAAGGUACAAUUCUUUUAAGAAAAAAAAUUAAAGGACCAAAUUCAAAACAUUUCAAACAAGUGAUACUUCCUUUACAUGAAGACUUAAUUGGUGAUAAAUUUUGGCAUGAUCAUCAUGAAAUACUAUCUCUUGAAAAGAGUCAAGAAUAUGUAUAUGAAGACAUUGAAAAACUACCUAAAUUAGUGAAAAGCCAACUUCACAUUCAUGAGGAUGAAGAUUCCUCUGUUAAAAAUUAUAUCUUGAGUGGAGUGAAUAGUUAACCAAUGU